GGGGGGGCUUGCGCGGACCGGGCGGCUUGUCGGGCUCCGGAGAAGAGCAGGAAGAGGCAGUUGAGGAUAGGGGGGAAUUGAGUGCUCUUUGGGCCAUUCAACUUUAUGCUAAAAUUCCCCACUACCCGCUACGGUGGGCGAAUCUGGGCUUUUUUCUCUUUCACUUUCACUCCGAGAGCCCGUGGCAGGCGGGUCUCCCCGGGACCCCGGCAGAGCAACCGAAAGCUAAUCGGGCAGCCCCUAUCCCCGGGGACCCACCCAACAAUCUGAGCCCCGGGAAGGGUCUCAGAUUGUGCUCCUCAGGGAGGGGCGCGAUAUGUAAAAUACCCGCAUUCCUGGGAGAGGAGGGGGAAAUGGACUGUUCUACUUGUUUUUGGAGUUUUUAUGUUGACUCUAAAAGCUGUAGGAAAAUAGUUCAUCUCAAACAGGAGCUGUCAGUUCUAUUAGGGUCGUGAUUAAUUUGUUCAGAAUUUGUGGUUCUAUAGUGGCCUUUUGUGAAGAUGGGGAGAUGCCUUUUUGGUCUCCUGUUCGUGUCUGCAGUGAUACUUGGGUUGACACCCACCCUAAAGUUUUAUGUGUGGAGAGUCGAGAGUACCAGGGUAGAACAGGAGCUGGGCUUUUCUUUCCCUAGAGCCUUUUGAAGGUGCUUGUGAGCCCUGGAAGAGGCCAGGAAAUUGACCUUCGAAGCGGCGGUAGGUGUAUCUCUAUGGGAAUGUUGAAACUUGACUUCAAAGAUUUUUCCGCUGGUUCAGCGUUACUGCCACAGUUGUUUAUGUUUUUCUGCUUAGCAUAAUUGAGAAUUUGAAGGAUUCAUUCGUUUAGAGUGUAUGUAGUGGAGAGGGUUCUUAUGUACUGCCCAUCUUUAUUGAAUUUUGGCUUCAGUAAAGUUAUAGGGAGUAACAGGUGUCUCCCAGUUGGAUAUUCAUUCAUUCAACAUUUUUGAGGGUCCACUAUGUGCUAGGCAGUGUGCUUAACAGUGACUUCGUGUCAGAGAAUGCAAAAUUUCCAGUAGAGGCAUUUAUUGCCUACUGCUAAUCUGAAUGAAUCAUCAUGUCACCCCCUGCAAAAAAGCUUGGCCUGCAGUUUUAAAUGUGACUUAAAUGGUAGAUGUUGGAGCAGAGAGUGCCAUUGAUCUUAGUGAAGGCAUGUUAUCCAGCCGUUCAACCACUGACACUGCAGCCUCUAUCCAGGAAAUAGACAGACGGUUGGAAAAAAAACUGAAGAUCACACAAAAGGAGAGCAGGAAAUCCAAAUCUCCUCCCAAAGUGCCCAUUGUGAUUCAGGACGAUAGCCUUCCCACGGGGCCCCCUCCACAGAUCCGCAUCCUCAAGAGGCCCACCAGCAACGGUGUGGUCAGCAGCCCCAACUCCACCAGCAGGCCAGCCCUUCCAGUCAAGUCCCUAGCGCAGCGGGAGGCGGAGUACGCCGAGGCCCGGAAGCGGAUCCUGGGCAGUGCCAGCCCCGAGGAGGAGCAGGAGAAACCCAUCCUUGACAGGCCAACCAGGAUCUCCCAACCUGAAGACAGCAGGCAGCCCAAUAAUGUGAUCAGACAGCCUUUGGGUCCUGAUGGGUCACAAGGCUUCAAACAGCGCAGAUAAAUGCAGGCAAGAAAGGAUGCUGCCGCUGCCACCAUCACCGCCUCCUGGGUCGUCCGCCACGGGUUGCACUGCUGUGGCAGACAGCUGGACUUGAGCAGAGGGAACGACCUGACUUACUUGCACUGUGAUCCCCCUUGCUCCGCCCACUGUGACCUUGAACCCCAUGCACUGUGACCUCCCCCCUUCCUCCCUCUUCCCACUGUGAUUGGCAUGUCGACAAGGGCUGUCCCAAGUCAAUGGAAAGGGAAAGGGUGGGGGUUAGGGGAGGGUUGGGGAGACCCACCAAGGACUCAGAGUAGAGAGUCAGGCAGUGCCACUUGGCCACUUGGGGUAAAGCUAGUGCCAGCAAUAACAGUUUAUCAUGCUCAUUAAUUUGGGAUUUCAAAACACAAAUGAGAACUCCUGCCUACCUACCCCCAAGUGCAUGUCUUCAUCACUUAAAAAGUAAGUUCCAUUUGAAAAUAUCCUUUCUUUUUUUUUUUUUUCCUAUUUUUGUUUGUUUAUACAAAUAUCUGAUUUGCAAGAAAAAGCGCAUGGGAGGGGUUUUAGCAGUUUAAUGAAUUUUUAAUUGAGAAAAGGUAGUUUGGUAGUCUACUUAAAAAUGUUUCUAGGACAUUCACUAGAAACAUUAACCAAUAGGAUUUUGAUGAACUUAGCUUCUAUGUUCCUACUGCCGCCCAGAAAAGGGGCAGGGCUCUGUAGCCCCCAGACAGAUGAGCACCCCAUGCCUAUACCUCCCUCCCCCAGCUAAGUCUCAGGACAUCUUGGCCUUGCCUGGAGACUGGGCUGGCUCUGUAGGCUCAGAGAGCCUGGGGAGGGUGCCAACCCCACCUCUAGUAUUUUGGGACAUAGGGAAAGUGUACAGACUUCCCCUUCCCAUACCCCUCAGGGUGGUUCCCUACCAGCCAGGCUUGCUGAUUCUAGAAGAAAACAGGGAUUAUCAGGGAGUGAGACUGCACUCCUGGAUUUAGAAGUAAAGGAUGUGAGAUUGUUAAGUAUUAUGCUGUCAGCACAGGAAGAGCAGGGGAGAGUCUGGCUCCAGGACUCUGAGCCUUCUUCCUUAAGUGGUCAGAAGGUAGCUAGAUCCUCCCACUCCAGCAAGGCUUGAACUCUUAACUGUCUGUGGUGCUCCAUCUCUGUUGAUGGCCCCAGCUCAGUAACUUUACUUGGUACAUUUCCUGUGUGAAAUCAGUACCUUGGGAGCAGACCAUUUUGAAUAAAAUUGGGAAAAGAAAAGCUUUGCAUUGCAAAGAUUGAUAACAGACUGGUUCCCCAUAGACCUAGGCUAUCCUUCACCCCUUUUUCCAGAGCAAGGGCCUGGAAUGAAGGUAGUUCUUACUCUGUCCCUGGAGGUGGAAAAGGCAACCGCCUAGAGCAGCGCUCAAGCUCUCUGGUCCCUUCUGUUGCACUGCACCUUAUCCCUCAGCCAGCCAGACGGCCACCCCACUCCUGACCAGCAGAUAAGUCUUAGAGUAGUUGAUAUGAUUUUGUGAUUAGGGCAGCACACGGUGGCCAAAGUGGCAAGCUCAGUUUCACUGACUGGUUCACUCCGCUUUCGGUUCACCUAGCUCUCAGCCUUGUGGGAGCUGUGGGAAUGGUAGGCCAGACCAGCAAACCAUGUCCCACUAUAAUUUCCCCUUGGGAGGAAGGGCCAGCUGCCAGGUGAAUCAGUGACUAGUCCAUAGCACAGCCUUAUAGCCGUGUGAAGCCAGGAAUUUUCCUAAAGCAAAGCUGGAACAAGGCUUCAAUAAGUAAGAGGGAGAAUUAUCUCCAGGGGUAAGCAAGGAAGAAAGUUGGCUGCUAUCUUUAUAGUUCCACUGCCCUGACCAGGUGUCCACGUUCUAAAUGUAUAGUGUCCAUCCCUCAAGUAAUAGUGGUUUCUGGCCCAACAAGAUACUGUCCUUUCGAUUGGAGAAGGAUGCAGAGGUAGUCCUGGUGGGAAGUCCAGGAGUGCCGUUGAUCAGCCAUUGGGACCACCUGUUCUUAACCCACCCCCUCCAGUGUGAGCCGCAUGAAGGCGGGCUGGUGGGUGUCUGGAUUGAGGAUGUGGCAGGGACUGGUGCUGCCACCUCCCUCCUGCCAAAGAUGGGGCUCUGCCCACUGUGUGCCUGUCACCACCCACCAGCAGUUAUGCCCUGGCUUCUAGAUGGAGAGGUGGCAAGCAAAAUUUUAAAAAGAAAACAGGAAACUUUAUUGUGUUGGGGGGAGGCGGGAGGGAAGAUGAGAAAACAGUUUGGAUUUUGUGUGGGGUUUUUUUUUUAGUAGUUGUCUGUAACUUUCCUUAAGUGCUUUUGUUUUUCCUUUUCUUUUUUAAAGUAAGUUGCAGGCUUUGGCUUGGAAAACCCCGGGGGAAUGGGGGGCAAAAACCUGAGGCUGCUGCCCCUUUAUCUGCCUUCACGGUACUGCCCCCUUUCCCCAGCUCCUCCCUGACCCCAUGAGCCAGGCCUCAGACCUUCCAGCUAACCGCUUCCCAUGAGCCACUACUCUGAUGUCAGCCUAUAACCAAAGGAGCUGGGGGUACAGGCCUGGUGACCAACCCUUCUCAGCCCACUCAAUCAGGGUGCUCCCCACCUGCAGGCAGGAGGUAACACCCUAUCUGCUACCAUCAGCCCCUUCCAGAGCCCACAUGCCCCGCCCAGCCCUGCCCUGCCCAGCCAUACCCUGCUCUGCCCCAUCUGGGGGUGCUCUGCUCAGGGAUGGGCCGGCAGGGCUGCACCCAGCCUCCCUGGUAAGCAGAGACUCAAGAAGCCUCUGGGGUCCUGUUUUCUUGUGUGAUCCCAGGGGUGCACAUGGGCCCUGUGGGUGUCUGAACAGAAGGGCAUGGGAGGGAAGGCCGCACCCCUGCAGUCUUGCUCUGCUGCUGUAGCAGGCAGCUGCCCACCCCCACCACACCCUGCACCGCGGGCUCCUGAGUCGGCAGAUUAAGCAUUUUAUAAAUUGUAUUUUAAAUACACGUUUUAAACUUGUCA